AUGGCUGCAAACUUCUUAUGUUUUCCAACAUUUGGCUAUAUUUCACUUGACCUUCGACCCAAAGUUGUUACCUUGCUACCGCUGGACUUGCCACUGGACCUUGCAGCUUAUCUUUUUUUUGAGCGGUAUUUCUCAGACGCAUUGGAAAGUCAAAUAGAGACACUUAAGAUCGAGUAUGGAAGCCGGAAUGUGGGCAUGGAGUACGAUAAACUCAGGUUUGGUAUGAAGACAUCAGAUUGUCGAUCCAUGUCUGCUGCGCUAAGGGUAGAAAUUCUUGUGAACGGCAUGGCUGCCAAUCCCACCAUUGUGCAUCUAGAUCUUUCACACAAUUAUAUUUCGGAUGCUGGAGUCAUUGAAAUUAUGAAGCUUAUGUCUGCAGAUAAAUCGGUUUUAACGGUUCUGAAUUUGUGCAACAACUGUAUAACUACGCAAGGUAGUCUUCCCUUAACAGCUAAUUCAUCUGAGGUGCCACUGAUGCAGAGAUUGAGCCUUUCCAGUUGUCAAUUGGGAGAAUUAUCUGUAGCGGCCCUUACCAGACUUCUACACAAUCCAAAGUCUGGACUAAAUGGAGUUGAUGUCUCAUCAAACAAGGGGAUUGGAGAGAGUGGUGGAAAUGCCAUUCUUGCUGCUUUG